CUUUUCGCGCUCAAAACACGCGCCGGUCGCAUUCCUCUCUGAUCCGUUAUUAAUUUCUUUGUUUUGUUUUAUUUCUAGAGUUAGAUAUUUUGUGAAAAGUGAGUGUAAGCAAAUAAAUCAACAAGCACUGUACAGUGGCUUGAUUCAACAUGUCCACUCCAUCGAAACGGCCGUCAUCGCAAGCGUCGUCGGACGCCCCGACUCCAACUCGCAGGACGCGGUCUUCCCAGCAGGAACAGGUGGUUAUCCCGGAGACGCCUCAACGAGCUUCAGGCACAUCUUCUCAAGAUGGGACUCCAGCGACUCCUACUCGCACCCCCCGAGGCACUCCCCGCACCCCUCGCGGCACGCCCCGCACCCCGCGUGUACCGGGCACGUCACCAGCAAGGGCUUUGCAGUCUAGUCCUAUUGGGACAGAUUUUGACUUGAGCUCACCCCUGAACUAUGGCACACCCAGCUCCCUCAGCACACCUCGCUCGCUAAUGCGAGGCGCCAUGACCCCUGCCAGGCAGAGGGCAGACCUGCGGGGGCAUCAGUUUGGGCGUAAUGUGCCGGCACCAACACCUACUAGAGGGGUGGAAGAAGCACCAGCAGAGGCACCAUCAAGUGAACCACAGUUGGUGGUGUGGGGCACCGAUGUAGCCAUUGCCGAGUGCCGUGAGAAGUUCAUCAAGUUUGUGCAGCGGUUUGUCGAGCCCACCGCUGUCACUAAUGAACCACUCUAUGAACAGAAGCUAGAAGAGAUUCACACAUUGGAAGAGCCAUUCUUGGAUGUGGACGUGGAUCACGUUCGCAUUUUUGAUCCCAAGCUGCAUCGCCAGCUUGUCUGCUACCCACAAGAGGUUGUGCCAGCGUUCGACGCGGCGGUGAAUGAGCUGUUCUUCGAGAAGUACCCGGCGGCGGUGCUGGAGCACCAGAUACAGGUGCGGCCGUUCAACGCGCCCGCCAGGCACAUGAGGGACCUCAACCCGGAAGACAUCGACCAGUUGGUGACCAUCUCGGGCAUGGUGAUCCGCACGUCGACCAUCGUGCCGGAGAUGCGCGAGGCGUUCUUCAAGUGCGCGGUGUGCGGCGCCGCGGCGGCCGCCGAGCUGGAGCGGGGCAGGGUCCCCGAGCCCGCGCACUGCGCGCACUGCAGCACCGCGCACUGCUUCCAGCUCAUACACAACCGGAGCCACUUCAGCGACAAGCAGCUGGUCAAGCUGCAGGAGUCGCCAGAUGAUAUGCCCGCGGGUCGCACGCCAGCCACGGUGACCGUGAUGGCCCACGGAGCCCUAGUCGAGGCCGUCGGCGCCGGCGAACGAGUGAGCGUCACCGGCGUGUUCCGCGCCGCCCCCGCCACUGUGCACCCGCGAAAAUCAACCUUACGCGCUCUGCAUAAGACCCAUAUUGACGCGCUGCAUUACAGGAAGGUGCAUAGCGACAGGCUGUUUGAGACUGAAGAGGGCAAGGAGCACCGUUUCCCGCCCGAGCGAGUGGAACUAUUCAGGUCGCUGUCGAAGCAGGCCGAUUGCUACGAGCGACUGGCGCGUGCCAUCGCGCCGUCCAUCUACGAGAACCUCGACAUCAAGAAGGGAGUUCUGCUGCAACUGCUCGGUGGUACUAAGAAGAACUUCAACGCAGCAGGCCGGACACAUUUCAGAUCGGAGAUCAACAUCCUGCUAUGCGGCGACCCGGGCACGUCGAAGUCGCAGCUGCUCCGCUACGUGCACUCCCUCGUGCCGCGCGCGCAGUACACGUCGGGGCGGGGCUCCAGCGCCGUGGGGCUCACCGCCUACGUCACCAAGGACCCCGACACUCGCCAGCUCGUGCUGCAGACGGGCGCGCUAGUUCUGGCCGACAACGGAAUCUGCUGCAUCGACGAGUUCGACAAAAUGAACGACUCUACCCGGAGUGUGCUUCACGAAGUAAUGGAGCAGCAAACACUGUCAAUAGCGAAAGCCGGUAUCAUAUGUCAGCUAAACGCGCGCACGUCUAUACUGGCGGCCGCGAACCCGGCCGAGUCGCAGUGGAACAAGAACAAGACCAUAGUCGAGAACGUACAGCUACCCCACACGCUCAUGUCCAGAUUCGACCUCAUAUUUUUAGUUCUGGACCCGCAAGACGAGGUGUUCGAUCGCCGCCUGGCCUCGCAUCUCGUGUCGCUGUACUACAAGGACCCCAGCGACCCUGACGAGGAUGACGACGUUUUCGAUAUGAGCAUAAUGCGGGACUACAUUGCGUUCGCGAAGGAGAACGUUCAGCCCACACUCAGCGAGGCCGCUCAGCAGAGGCUUAUCGACGCAUAUGUCGACAUGCGACGAGUAGGCAGCGGGCGCGGUCAGAUCUCGGCCUACCCGCGGCAGCUCGAGAGCCUCAUCCGCCUCGCGGAGGCACAUGCGCGUGUCCGUCUGUCGCCCACCGUCGAGAUUAUUGAUGUUGAUGAAGCUUCCAGACUGCACCGCGAAGCCCUGAAGCAGUCGGCCACCGACCCCGCGUCGGGGCGCAUCGACGUGGGCAUCCUCACGACGGGGCUGGGCGCGGCCGCGCGCCGCCGCCGCCGGGACCUCGUGCAGGCGCUGCGGACCCUAGCGCAGCCGCUCGCCAAGCCGCACACCACCACGCACGCCAAGCUGCUGCAGGAGAUCAAUGCCUCGUCGCAGAUCACGGUGACCCGCGAACAGUUAGACGAGGCGCUCCGAGACCUGCAGGACGAGGGCAAGGCCGUCAUCGUGUCGCACACACAUUUGCGCUUCUGCUAACUCGGUUAAACGUUAACCACUGAACCCUUACUUUCUGCAACUAUAAGACUAACUGAA